UUUCGAGUGAAAAAGAGAACUGAAUCUCUUCAAUUAUUCUCGUGUGCCCAUUCACGAAGGUUUUCUUCCCCAUCCCCUCUUUCAAACCCUUGCAGAGAAGAAUUCGCAGUUUGGAUUGAUCAUCGGGAAAGGAAAACCCUAAGAAUCGACGGAGCUAGGUUUUUUUCUCACUUGAUAUGGAGGGAUCAGGCCAUGGAACAAGCAGUGUAGACAUGUUCUUGAGGAACUACAAGCUUGGAAAAACACUUGGGAUUGGUUCAUUUGGAAAGGUGAAAAUUGCAGAACAUGCUUUAACAAGGCACAAAGUUGCCAUAAAGAUCCUCAAUCGUCGCAAGAUAAAAAACAUGGAUAUGGAAGAAAAAGUUAGAAGAGAGAUCAAGAUCUUAAGAUUGUUCAUGCAUCCACAUAUCAUCCGUCUUUAUGAGGUUAUAGAAACACCCUCAGAUAUUUAUGUUGUUAUGGAGUAUGUGAAAUCGGGUGAGCUUUUUGAUUACAUUGUGGAAAAGGGAAGGUUACAAGAAGAUGAAGGGAGGAAUUUCUUUCAACAGAUAAUAUCAGGUGUUGAAUAUUGCCAUAGGAACAUGGUUGUUCAUAGAGAUCUUAAACCUGAAAACCUUUUGUUAGAUUCAAAAUGCAAUGUGAAAAUUGCUGAUUUUGGUUUAAGUAAUAUCAUGCGUGAUGGACAUUUUCUUAAAACAAGUUGUGGAAGCCCAAAUUAUGCUGCUCCUGAGGUUAUAUCUGGGAAGCUGUAUGCUGGACCUGAAGUUGAUGUGUGGAGUUGUGGUGUUAUUUUGUAUGCUCUUUUAUGUGGGACCCUUCCUUUUGAUGAUGAAAAUAUUCCUAACCUCUUCAAGAAAAUUAAGGGUGGAAUAUAUACCCUACCUAGUCACUUAUCACCUGGAGCAAGAGAUUUAAUUCCAAGAAUGCUUGUGGUGGACCCCAUGAAGCGAAUAACUAUUCCUGAAAUCCGUAUGCACCCGUGGUUCCAAGCCCAUCUCCCGCGUUAUCUGGCGGUCCCACCACCCGAUUCCAUGCAACAAGCGAAAAAGACGGAUGAAGACAUUCUUUUAGAGGUGGUUAAGAUGGGAUUUGAUCGCGAUACCCUCAUUGAAUCCCUUCGCAACCGAGUGCAAAAUGAGGGUACAGUGGCGUAUUAUUUGCUUUUGGACAAUAGGUUUCGUAACUCGAGUGGCUAUCUUGGAGCUGAAUUUCAAAAACCCUUGGAUGGAUUCAACCGCAUGAGUUCAAACGAAGCUCCUACUUCUCCAAUUAUGGCACAACGCCCAUCUGCUUACAUGGAUUAUCAAGGAAUGAAUAUCAGAAACCAAGUCGAAAGAAAAUGGGCUCUUGGACUUCAGUCUCGAGCACAUCCUCGUGAGAUAAUGACAGAGGUUCUGAAAGCUUUGCAAGAGCUGAACGUGUGUUGGAAAAAAAUAGGUCAUUACAAUAUGAAAUGUAGGUGGGUCCCGGGUGUGCCAGGUCAUCAUCAAGGCAUGGUGAAUGAUUCUAUUUCCAUGCAAAGUAAUCAUAAUUAUUUUGGAGAUGAGUUGACUAUUGUUGAAAAUGAUGGUGCGUUGACUUCCCCUAAUGUCGUCAAAUUUGAAGUCCAGCUUUACAAAACUCGCGAGGACAAAUAUCUGCUUGAUCUACAACGAAUCCAGGGCCCACAGUUUCUAUUCCUGGAUCUUUGUGCUGCAUUUCUUGCUCAGCUUCGCGUCCUGUAAAACCCUAAAAAAUAAAUAUGAAGGAACACAACUACCUGCUUUCUCCUUGGAGUUGGACUCUUCCCUCCCUUGUGAAGAAAAGCUAUUAUGCUAUAAUAGACCACUGUAAUGUAAAUAUCUCUCUCUCUCUUCAUGUCUUUCUCAUUUAGGUAAGGGUAGGCGACUCUUGUGACUUGUGAGCCAAUCUUUUUGCUGACUCACUACGCCUCAAAUACCAAUCAACUUUAUUUUCUUACUUUUUAUAUCAAUGUAAAAUGAUAAUACUUUUCUAGAGUCUUUAUCAUUAUUAAUGUUGUUUAAUGCC